CCCCUAGUUGGAUGGUGCCCCGCUGCCCCAGUUAAAAAACCAAAAUGUUAACAAGUUGUUCAUUUUCCUUUAUUACACUUUUCAUGUGGAGAGGGAUAAUUUACUCUGUGUUUGAAUCCUGUUUGUGAGGGAGGGUGUGUGUUUGUGAUUAGCUGGGGAAUGAGAUUCCAUUUGGAUUAACACACAUGAGAGAGAACUGACAGAACCUGAUGAACAGGGCUGGUGCAAAACUGCUGACAGAUCAGCCAAUCACACCUCAGUGGUACAAUGCUGCCCCCUGCAGGAAGUGCUGUCUCUGAUAAUCAGGUGUGUUUAACAGGAAGAGGGAAGUACAGUUUCUCACAUACAGGCUGGUCAGUUUCACUGGGGAUCUUAUGAUAUGAUUUCACUGUAUAUUUUUCAGAAAUUAAGGACUUAUAAUUAUUACCUAUAAUUAUUCUGAAUUAGUAAUAAAAAACAAUGGGGGAGAGCAGAGAUUUGGGCCGAAAUCAGAAACAGUACUAUGACUUGCAGUUUGUUCUGACAGCAGUAAGUGAAAGUUAAACUAAACUGCAGGUUUAGCUGAAGUCAUUACCGAGCUCAGAUCUGAGAAAGACAGAAUGGCGUCUGGAUCUUCUCUCCUGGAAGAGGAGCUCUCCUGUCCUGUUUGCUUUGAAAUCUUCAGGGAUCCGGUUGUCCUGAGUUGCCAUCACAGCUUCUGUAGGGCCUGUCUGCAGAAGAACUGGGAACAGAAGGGAUCUCGGGAGUGUCCAGUGUGCAGAAGAAGAUCUUCUAUGAAUCCACCUCUCCCUAACAUGUCUCUGAGGAAUAUCUGUGAGGCAUUCUUAAAGGAGAGAAGUCAGAGAGCUAAAGCAGGAUCUGAAGUGCUCUGCAGUCUGCACUGUGAGAAACUCAAACUCUUCUGUUUUGAGGAUGAAAUACCCGUCUGCCUUGUCUGCCAAACUUCAAAAAAACAUGAAAACCACAAAGUGCGACCAGUUCAGGAGGCUGCAGAAGAGUAUAAGGGGAAACUCAGGACUGCACUGGCUCCACUGCAGAAGAAGCUAAAAGCCUUUAAUGAAGUGAAAUUAGUCUGUGAUCAAACAGCAGAGCACAUCAAGAGCCAGGCCCAUCACACAGAGAGACAGAUAAAGAUGGAGUUUGGAAAACUUCAGCGGUUCCUAAAAGAUGAAGAGGCAGCCAGGAUCGCUGCACUGAAGCAGGAAGAGGAGCAGAAGAGUCAGAUGAUGAAGGAGAAGAUUGAGAAGAUGACAGAAGAGAUAUCAUCCCUUUCAGAACAAAUCAGAGCCAUAGAACAGGAGCUGGGAGCUGAAGACGUCUCAUUCCUGCAGAGCUACAAGGACACAGAAGGCAGAGCCCAGUGCACACUGGCGGAUCCAGAGAAGGUCUCAGGAGCGUUGAUUGAUGUGGCCAAGCACCUGGGCAAUCUGAAGUACAGAGUGUGGGAGAAGAUGCUGGGGACUGUUCAAUACACUCCUGUGACUCUGGACCCAAACACAGCACAUCCCAAACUCUCACUGUCUGAGGAUCUGACCAGGGUGAGACUCAGUGAUGAGAGACAGCAGGUUCCUGAUAAUCCAGAGAGAUUUGAUUGGUGGCCGUGGUGUGUGCUGGGCUCUGAGGGAUUCAGCUCAGGGAGACACUGCUGGGAUGUAGAAGUGGGGGGUGAGGCCUGGGUGGUGGGUGUGGCUAAAGAGUCCAUCAGAAGGAAAGGGAAUGUGAAUGCGAGCCCAGCAGGAGGAGUGUGGUGUAUACUGCAGCGUUCUCAGCGUUAUGAAGCCGUGACAUCCCCAGUCCCUACACCCCUCACUGUGUGGAGGGAACUCCAGAGGGUCAGAGUGCAGCUGGACUGGGACAGGGGGGAGGUGUCAAUCUCUGACCCCAGUGACAACACUCCUCUCUACACUUUUAAACACUCCUUCACUGAGAGUGUCUUUCCAUUCUUUAUUACUACGAAAGGGGGGUCACAUUUGCAGAUCUGUCCACUGAAGGUUUCUGUAACAGUGGAAUAGCACUGAGGGAUUGUGGGUAAAGAUCAGAUCUCAAUGAUUCUGUGUUUGCAGACUGUAUUGCCAUUCAGAUAUUAAUCUAGUAAAGAAAUGUUUAUUUAAUAAGUGUGUUGUUUCUUUGACAUAGUCUCAUAAUGUUAAUUUAGGGAGUAAAGCAUUUAAUUGUGUGUUGAGCUGAUUGGUCGUACCUGCAGCACAGUACCCUGAGUACAGAGGAGAGACUGAGUCUCAGAGCACUGCAGGGAGAUCAGAGCUUUUCACUGCUUACCUGCAUCAUGGACCAGCACUGCAUGAUUACUGAGCAACAUGAUGUGGGUGUGCG